GCUAGGGUUUUUCGAAAUGAAAAAUUGUCCCCCUCCACCGCUGAUUGAUUUUCCUCCGACCUUUCUCACCCGUCUACAACCAGCCCGAGAGCUCCCUCAUCUCUUUGGUCAUCGGAUAUUGAAAAUAUAUUCUCUGUCAUCUAAAUUUUGUCUUCGUUUCUCUCGAUUGGCGUCAAAUUCGACUUUUUUCGAGGGAGAUGGGCAGUUCGAGCAGAGAACUUCUCCUUUUGGAGCACAAGAAUCUCUCCGCAUCUCCUCUUGAAUCUUCACUGCUUGUGUGUAACAAGGAGUCGAUCUCCCAUACCAAGAAAGCCCCACCUGAUGGAAAGCCCAUUGCGGCUCCAAUUGCCCCAAGCCAAGUUUUGGGAAAAGUGAAAGAUUUCCUAGGAGUCAUAUCUGAAGCCAAUAAAAGGCUGCAGCAAGAUGCCAAGGACAAUACUCAAAACUAUGAUAUUGAAGUGCUCACUGGAACUGAAUCUGAAGUCAUUGAAAUGGAUUUAAUGCUGGGAAUUGCUGAUCUUCAUACUCCUGAAGCUAUAGCUGCUGCUGAAUCUGCAGUAAGUAAUGCUCAACAAUUGGUUCCUUCAGAUUCAGACAGUAGUGAAACAGAAUCAGAAGGUACAAGUGAUGAUGACGACAAUAAAUUAGACAGUGAUGAUGAAGACAAAGAUGAGAAAACAAGCUUUUUAUUGAAACACAAAACAUCGAAGUUUGGUGAAGAUGGUUCAAGUCAACCUGCUGGAAAAAAUACAUCCAAAAAGCGGCCAAAAAUUGUUGAGAUGUGUUGAAACUUAAUUGGUUGGGAAAAGCUUGGCUCUACUAAGUUGAUUGUAUGAUUGUUCCUUGAGGUUAUGUUAUCAGUUGAGAGUUUUCUCAUUCUUCCAAACCUUCGUUCUGUACUUCAUCCAAUCCACAGCCCCCAAAACUCUUACCCAUGGUUCUGUGUGGUGGAUUGGAGAAGUGUGGUCAUUGGAAUACUACUAAUGUAUUGAGGAUGUUGUAAUGAACUUUUAUGAAAGUAGGAGACCAAGUUGAGAUUUUGGGCUAUUUAUCUUUCUAGCUGUUAGUCCCGGUGGGUGUAAAAGGAAGUGGGUGUAUUGAUGAAGACUUGUAUUGAGCCAGAGUUUUUCAGCCGCGACAAUGCUCAAAUUUUUAUGUAAGGGCUCAUAGCUUAAUUUUAAGAAUUGGAUAUUGCAACUACAGAUUCUACCCA